CGUAAGCAGUGAAUGAGUGGUAUAACGAAGCGAGAGGAUGGCCUCCGCGCGUAACCCGAGAAAGGUAAGCAGCUAAGCAUGAUCCCUUGCACGAAAUGCAAUUGCUUGGAUUGUUUUUUAUUAAAUAUAUAAAACAAAAAGAUCAUCCACAAAAGAAACUAAAAUUAAGGCAUGUUUUAGACUUGAUUUGUCUUUAGGUUUGAUGUGUCGUUAACGGCUAUGAGCUUGACUCUGAAUUGCGUGACUAGUAUUCAGAGAAAUAGAACAAGUGAAGAUCAGUUUCUUAAACUUUCUGGUGCCAGUCAUGAGUAUAUCGUGAACCGUUUCUGUUAUGUGCAGUGGUCUUGUCGAAAGGCACUGAAAUUCAGGCAUGUUUAAGUUUUCAUUAAUCGUUUGCUUAAAUUCAACAGUAACUCACGCUAGAUUGCGUGACUAGAAGUCUAGCAAGUGCGAGAACACCGUAUUUCCUCGAAUAAGCGCCCUUGCGCGUAUUUAAAUUUCGGCUAAAAGGUGGGGCACUUAUUAUUGGAAGCGGGCGCUCAUUAAAGUUUCCUUUCAACGAACUGUAAUUUUAUUUUAGCUAAAUUUUUUCAAAAUAUAAAAACAAAAUCAAACAGUAUAAACAUUAUCCUAUUAUAGCACUUGAUGUACGUAAAUGUUCAUUCAGGGUUAAGUGUCUUUUGUUCAUUAUAACAGCCCAUCUGCAGAUUAUGGCAGAACUCGACGAGAUCUCAUGCGUGAAAGGCCAUUUUUAGGCCCUUAUUGCUUAUAUAAUUAUUUUUAAAAAAACUUACGCGUGCACAUGCCAUACUCUGCGGUCUGGUAUAACAGUGGUUGGUAAUCAAGCCUUUCAUAGUUAGGACCAUUAUGCACUUAGCACUUAGGUAUUGGUAUGUAUGUUUAUAAAAUAUUAAUUAUCUCAUCAUCCUCAUCAAUGAUAUACAGAUCGUCCCCUUAAUUAUAUUAAAAAGAAAGUGAUGGAGAGGGGAGGGGUGCUUUUUUGAGGGAGACACUUGCCUGAUAUUAUGGACUAGGGGGUGGGGGAAGAAGGCACUUAUUAGGGAGUGGGCGCUUAUUCUAGGAAAUACAGUAUGUUUCUGCAAAAACAUGGAAUCUGGAAACAGAGGCGGAAAUGGAAUAAGGAAACAAACUGCUUCAUCAUGAGAAUAAUAAGAAAGCAACGUUUUGCAUUUCAUAAUUUAAUCCUUUAAAAUUACCAGUCUGGUUCCAGUUUGAUCAAGAGUGGUCAAUCAGAAAUAAUUUAAGACAGAAUUGUGAUAUCCAUUAUUUUUAACAGUCUACUUUUGGUUAAAUUGGCUUAAUUGUUAUUGUCUCUUGGAAAAUCAUGAGAAGAGGUGAAGUAGAAUUACCAUUAUUUAAAUACUAUUUAUUUCAGGGAACAAGUCAGGAUGUUCAUCUUUCUAAAGCUCUUUCCUAUAUUUUGCGACAUGGUGCAGCUAAGGAGGGUCUUCCAAUGUCAGAAGGUAAUGUUUCUUAAGUUUUCUUAAUGUGGCUUUAAUGAUUUAAUAGUUUAAUUAUGAGAGGCUGAGUCAACAGUACUGAAAAUGAACAAAUUUUUUACGUGGAAGGUUUUGUCUUUGUUGAUGGUCUUUUGAAACUGAGACAGUUCCAGCGAUAUUCCGUGGAUGACAUCAGAAGAGUUGUGGCUGAUAAUGACAAGAAACGCUUCACUCUGAGAGAUGACCCAGCAACAAACAGACUGCAAAUUAGAGCUAAUCAAGGGCAUACUAUCAAGGUGGGUGAUCUCACUUUCUUAAUUAACCCUUCAACUCCAAUUAAUCAGGAUGCAUAUCCCCCACCCAAGGGGGUAUACUCCAGAGUUAAGGUGAUGGGGAUCAUGCAUGGUAGGCUUUUAUUGGGUUUGAAAUUUUUCAUUUCGAGAUUCUUUUGGGUAGGGAAAUUUGGCAAUUUUUGACUUUGGGGUGUCUUGAGUUAAACAUCUUGGGCUUCCAUUCAGUAUUCGAAACAAUGUGCAUUAAUAAUUGGUGCAGUACCAUGAGCGUGCAUUUCAGUUAACAGAGUAUCCAGGUGUUAUGAGAAUUUGGGGUUAAGCCUUUAAGUCCCAAUAUCCACAUACAAAUUCUCCAAACUGAUCUCUAUACAUUUCCUUAAAGAAUGAGUUGAGAGAAUUUGAUAAAAGAUUAAAGCAUUUUCUCUUAGGUGAUCAUUUUAUUAAUUCUCAUAACCCAAUCUCUUGACAAUCUAUGUCUAUCAUUAUGAGAAAAUUGAUGUUGGUCACUAUUGGGACUUAAAGGGUUAAUGCCUGGUCCAGGGAUUUUUUAGCUUUCAUUGGAAGCCCUAAGGAUUUCUUUGAGCUAUCUAAAAAAGGCUGGAAUUUCUUGUAUUAUGCAAAUAUUUAUGUAUCUGGCUUGCAAGAGUAAACAAUAUCACGAAAAUAAUUUAUGAUAUGUGGAUCCCCACACUGAAAUGUAAUAAUUAUAUUACUUAGGGGUAAACUAGACUAUAGUACAAAGUGCAUUUAUCAUGGAUGGAUGCAUCAAGAACAAAAAUACUGUUUCUUUCACACAUUCAGUAGUAUUAAUAUUGUUGCAGUUUGAAUAGAUACUUGUAUAUCAAGUGUUUGCCUCCAUUAAUUGGUGUGGCCUAAAAACCGUAAAAUUCAAUGUUUUAAAGUUAAUGGACAGUUUAUUAGCUAGACACCAUUGUGUUCAUUUCAGAAUUUAAGAUUUUAAGAAGUAAAUUAAAAUCUUUGUGGGGCAAAAAAUGUUUGUGUCAGUCAGCAAAAAGAGUAAAGUCCACGACCUUUGACACAUAGCACAGAUCAAUUAUAUAGGGAAGAAACAGCAGGGGGGCCUAGUAUGGAGCCCUGAGGCACCUGACACUUUAUUUUGCAAGACUCUGAACUGAUACCAUUAAAUUCCACAUUUUAAUGUUGCUUUUUAGGUGGAUGAUUUGGAGCUGAACCCCAUAACAGACCAUUCAGAGGCACCUGUAGUUGUGCACGGCACUUAUCACGAGUGUUGGCCUUACAUAAAAGCCCAG